GGAGGGGAAACGCUAAGAACUGAAACCAUAAAUAGAUGUUAAAGAUAACAGCACAAUCACAGGUGCCAGCAUUACUUCAAUGCAAGCUUAGUAUUAUUUUCCUGCUUCCUACAAUUUUUUCCAACACAAAGGAACUCCUCUAAAAAGGGCAUAUUUGUGGAGCAUCUCAAGAGGAAAAACCUUCAGAGUUUUAAUAGAUUAGGCUGAAAACCAGCAAGAAAAUCCCAUGUCUCAGCCAGAAGAACCAGCAUCGGCUCCUCCAGCCACAGAACUUGAGCCAGACAACCAACAACCUCCAGUUCAAUCCGAUUCAAAUCCUGCUCCAGAUAAACAACCACCUCCAAUGGAAAUACAAUCUGAACCAAUUUAUGAAUUUAUUGAGGAUCAGAUCUAUGAUGAGCCUACACCAGAUCCCCCAUCUGCAGGACUCCAGACUAAGGAUCAAACACCUCAAGUUCAGUCAGUCUUGAAUCAGACUAGUCCAGUCAAUGUAGUAGUGCCAUACCCCAUUCAGUCAUCUGGAGGCAAUCCAGUACAAAACAACUUUCAAACUGUCACGUCUCAGCCAGCAAGUCUUGCACCAACUCCUCUACCUGCAGGGCCUCAGCCACAGACUCAAACCCUUCCAGGCUACACAGUAGUUCAGCGCAACUAUCCUGUUGGAGGAGUACCUGGAGGGGCUACUCUACCUGCAGGCCUCCAGUCAAAUAAUCAGCCACCAGUUCAACUAGUCCUAAUUCAGGAAGGUGCAGGCUAUCCAGUCCAAAACACUCUUCCAAAUCCCUUGCCUCAGGGAAAAAGUCCUCCAUCGACUUCUUCAGAUGCAGAACUCCAGCAACAAAAUCAGCCACCACCAGCUCAACUAAUCACAAACCAGUGUGAUCCAAAUAAUCCAGCGCAAGUUCAAGCAUAUCCAGCACCUGCAGUUCCACCAGUGAUUUUAACUUAUGGAAUACCACCUGGCCUUGAGUAUCUCACUCAGGUUGACCAGGUCCUUGUUCGCCAAAAAAUUCAGUGUAUAAAAAUACUCACCUGCUAUCAGCCUAGCAACCAGUAUGAGAUCAAAAACAGCAUUGGGCAAGAGGUUUACCGUGUCAAAGAAGAGAGCGAUUGCUUCGCACGCAGUGUCUUAGGUUCAAUUCACAAUUUUAAAUUGCGAAUUGAAAACAGUUUGGGCCAAGAAGUCAUCCAGAUGGAAAAACCAAUGCAAUGCUACCUACAAGAGAUUGCAAUACAGGCUCCCCCGGGAAUAACUAUAGGCUAUGUAAAACAAGACUGGUCCUUUUUGAACCCAAAAUUCUCUGUCAUAGGCCCCAAUAAUGAGGUACAGCUGGCAAUCCAUGGGCCCUUCCUUCCCUUUGAUUGCUGUAGUGAAGUAAUCUUUGAGGUAAAAAGCCUGUUGUAUGGGCAGACGAUUGGUCGAAUCAUAAAGGAGCAAAGUAGUUUCAUUUCAACAUUCUUUGCUGAUGACAGCAACUUUCGUAUUGAGUUCCCACUGGACUUGGAUGUUAAAAUAAAGGCUGUACUACUGGGCGCUUGCUUCCUUAUUGACACCAUAUUCUAUAACAAAAAUGGAACUUUAUUAUUCAAAUUAUUGCGGGGACUUGUAUAAGACAAAAGCUAAGUUUCAAAAAUUAACUGUCCAUUAAGGCACUACAAAAACAUUAUUUUUACUUGCAAAGUUUUUUAUAUACAAGUAUUUUUUUGUUUUUUUCCCCUACCUUUUAAUGUUUAGGACAGUAUAAUGGGUACUGGAGUGUGUGUGUGUGUGGAGCAAAGAGAGGGGAAGGAUUGGUCAAGGACCUCGAUCCGGGAAUCAAACUCAGGUCGAGCAUCUUAGUGCUGUAUGUCAACGAACUGUAAUGGCACCAAUACUGGCAACGAUUUUUUUAAAGAAAUAGUACAAUAUUACAAAAAAUAUUUGGUUCAUAUUAGUAUGAGCCUUAGUGGAUAGAACUGCAGAAUAGGCAGAAGAAGUGUUUAACACAUAUAAAGUUUCUGUCUGUAUAACCUGAAUAGCUUGAAAUGUUGUUGCAAAUAUUGUUCACAAUAUCUAUGUGUUAUGGCGUGAAUAAUCUGUAAAUAAUGCAUGUAAAACAUCAUGAACUUUAACAUCUGAGUAAAAACAUACGAACUGUUCCAAAUGUAUAUUGAAUUUAUAGCUAGAUAUUGAUAGACUGCAGGGUUGUUACUCAUUACACCGUCCAAUGACUUGUUUACAUUAAAGGAAAAGUUCAUCAAAAAU